AUGGUGUUUCACUCAUACGUUAGGCGUAUAUUCAGCCAGGUCAUCCCGGCUUACCGCGGUGUACCGGUGUUUCAAAAUGGAUUUGUUCGUUACACCGCGGCUGCCGCCAGAACCGAUCCGUCUGCCUUGGAACCCGUUCGGCCAGACGACUCAUCAAUAACGCCAUCUCGUGAAGCAGUGCUUCGCGUAAGCAAGGAUGGUGUUGACUUUGUGGAAGGCGCGGUCAGCGGGUCCCUUGUUACGGAGCUAGAGGAUGAGAUGCUGCCUUCUGCACCGCAUAUAGACAAGAACAGUUUCAAGAACUAUAUCGAGAUACCCAACAGCGGUAUUAGGAGUCUGUUAUCUGCAAGCAGCUUGAGGAUUCUAACCAACUGCCCUAUACCUUUCAAAGAGUAUGUAGAAGGCAGUCCGAACGCCCACCACUACCCGCUGAGCAUCCUGCCGAGGAAGUUUUCAGCGAAGCUUGGGGGAGAUGUUAUGGUGACAACCUAUGACGUGCAUGAAAAAGACUACAACGUUGAAAAUGGUCGCAGAGUCAUGUUGAGCGUAUUUCCCACGUUGAGGACUCAACCAAGUGAAGUGUUGUUGCAGAAGCUGCAAGGGAAGAACACGCUUCUCGUGCUGUUCUCCGGAGACCCCCCUUACGCCGACGCGAAGAACGCCCUUGAGUGGCACUCGGCGGUUGAAUUCGACGUGCACAAGCAUCUAAUUCUGAACUACGCCUCCCCUGUGGGUAUGUGGCACUUCCACAAGCGAUACGUGACUACGCUUGCGUCGUCACUCGUCAACCGCUGCAACUUCAGCUGCAUCAUGCGCAAACUGAGCGCCGAGGAGACUGUUGCGUUCCAUCAAUACCGGCGCAGUUUCACCAGUGUGCUGCUGCUGGAUCGCUUCGGGUACAUUCGUUGGCAUGCCGUGGGAAAGCCAACGCUGGAAGCACGAUACCUGCUGAAGGAGGCUUACGAUCAACUGCAGAGCGAAUGUUGA